AUGUCUGCUAUCGCUCAAGGAACACCGGCUGUUGUGAACGCUCGUGGUCAGCACAAAGGAACGUUGAUCUUCCUUCACGGACUCGGCGAUCAGGGUCACGGAUGGGCGGAUGCGUUUGGGUCGGAGGCGAGACAUGAGAAUAUUAAGGCGAUUUGUCCGCAUAGUGCCGAACGUGCGGUCACCCUGAAUAUGGGAAUGCGUAUGCCCGCAUGGUAUGAUCUCCUCGGUCUCGACGCGAAUGCCCCUGAAGACGAAACUGGAAUCCAGGCGGCCGCUCGAUACGUUCAUCAACUCAUCGAUGCCGAAGUCGCUGCAGGAAUUCCUGCCAAUCGAAUCGCUGUCGGCGGAUUCUCGAUGGGCGGAGCUUUGGCCAUUUACGCCGGAUUGACGUACCCUCAAAAGUUGGGAGCAAUCGUUGGACUCAGCUCGUUCUUCUUGCAGAGAACUAAGUUCCCCGGGAAUUUCACCGCGAACAACGCGACGCCCAUCUUCCUUGGGCACGGUAGCAGUGACUUCUUGGUUCCUCUUCAAGUCGGACAACUGUCGGAGCAAUUGAUCAAACAAUUCAAUCCAAAUGUCGAAAUGCACAUCUACAGAGGUCUGCAGCAUUCCAGUUCGACGGAGGUAAGGCGAUUUACGAGGGUUAGGUUUGGAUUUACGGCGUAA